AUGACAGAACGGGCAGCCGGUCAACAUGCGUCGGAGACGGAUUCGCUUCUCGGAGGGCAGCGCGAUGUCGAGGCCAAGCAGAAUGAGAAGCUGUCCCUCAAGGCGGAAACAAUCAUUAUGCUGCAGUACUCUGGCCCACUUGUCCUGACUCAUCUACUGGUAAGUCCUCCUGAGUUUGCACGAUAUGUCGCUGAUCUCAUACCAGCAAUACGUCUUCUCUCUUAUCAUUAUCCUUGUUGCCUCACAACUGUCGACCGACGAGCUAGCCGGAGUCUCACUCGGCAGCACCACAGCAAAUAUACUCGGAUAUGCAGUCUUCGAAGGCAUGGCAACAGCGCUGGAUACGCUCUGCUCGCAAGCGUUCGGAGCAUCCGCCUUCACAGACGUCGGCAUGCACACCAUCCGCUUCACCAUUUUCAUCCACCUUGUCGCGAUUCCAAUCGGGCUCCUCUGGUUCUUUUCCGAAGAACUCCUGCUGCUAGUCAAUGUCCCCUCACUCGCGGUUGCUCAAAACGCCGGCGUUUUCUUAAGAUGUUCCCUGAUCGGCAUCCCGGGCUACGCAAGUUUCGAGGCCGGGAAACGCUUUAUGCAAGCGCAAGGCAAUUUCACCGCAGGAUUCUAUGUGCUGCUUCUCUGCCUGCCCAUCAGCGCAGGGCUUACUUGGAUCCUCGUCUACACAGCGAACAUGCGAGUAGCUGGAGCAGCAUUAGCUGCUUCACUCACCAACUUGCUUCGCCCACUGCUCCUCGCAGCAUACGCGCGAUUCAUCGAUCGAUCAACCCUCCAAUGCUGGCCCUCAGCCAAAGAGCUCAAAGCCUCCUGGACAAAGGAAUGGAAACCAAUGAUCAGUCUCGCGAUUUCUGGCGUUCUUAUGUCCUUGUGUGAAUGGCUCUGCUACGAAAUUCUCACCUUCUGCACGACUUAUGUUGGAGCUGCGUCGCUUGCUGCGCAGACUUUCCUGGGAACGAGUGCGGUGCUCGUCUGGCACAUAGCUUUCUCCGCUUCUGUGGCCUGCAGUACUCGCAUUGGACAACUCAUCGGAGCAGGACGCUCAAAUGCCAUUGCAGAAUUGAUGAAAUGGUACGGAUACGCUUUCAUCAUCAUCGGACUCAUAGACGCUGCGCUAGGAGUCGGCAUUACAGUCCUGAUGCUGGAGACUCUUGUGCACGACGAAGAGGUCGCCGAGCUUCUGAAACUCAACUUGCCGUAUUUGGCGAUGUUUGUUUUCUUCGAAGCCACGUCGAAUUGGCCACAUGGCAUUGUCCGCGGGAUAGGUUGGCAGAGCAUUGGUGCAUGGGUCACACUCACGAUCAAUUACUUGUAUGCGGUGCCACUUUCGAUCUUCUUGGAGCUUUACGGUCCUCAUCUUGGCAUACGAGGUCUUUGGAUCGGUCUGGGUAGUGGUCUUGGCAUCAUAACUGUGGUGGAAACGGUGGUUGUGUGGUUGCGACUUCGAAAGAACGAUGAUCUGGCCGCCUGUUUGAGCACUGAAACCGUCGCAGAUAUAGAUGGAGAACAAUAA